AUGGGAGCUGGUGGCUCAUUAGUGUCACGGAGAGAGCUUCUACCGGCACCCGAAGUGAUCACACUCAAGGGGCCCGUACAAGGAAGAAGACUUCAGUUCAAGGACGGACCAACAGCCGACAUUUUUCUUGGCAUCCCCUAUGCCAAACCGCCGAUUGGAGCACUGCGAUUUAAACGUCCUGAGCCCCCAGAUGCUUGGACACGUGUUUUGCCGUGCCGAAGUUUUCGCCGUCGCUCCAUUCAAGUCACACCUUCAUGGGAACCACUAGUCGCACGAUUGCCCGCUUGCUCAGAGGAUUGUUUAUACUUGAACGUUUUUGCACCGAAGAUAGAAGAGGGGAAAAAAUAUCCAGUUUUUUUCUUCAUUCAUGGCGGUGGUUUGCUGAUGGAGUGUCCACAUAGGAUUCAACCCGAAGGAGUUUCUCGACAAUUGGUGGCUCAAGGAAUCGUUGUGGUCACUAUGGCCUAUCGACUUGGCUUUCUAGGAUUUUUCUCGACCGGUGAUGAUGCCUGUCCGGGUAAUAUGGGCCAUCUGGAUCAGGUAGAAGCAUUGAAAUGGACUGCGGCAAACAUUGACCGUUUCGGUGGUGAUCCAAAGAGAAUCACGAUUGGCGGACAAAGUGCUGGCGCAAGCAGUGCUGAUUUGCUUUGUCUUUCUCCAUUAACUCGAGAUCUGAUUCAUCAAAAAGUACUUCUGGGCGGCGGUUCAUUCGGUUUCUGGGCGUCAUCGCGAUUGAAAAAUACGGUGCCAUAUUGCAGGGAUAAAGCCAAAGAACUCGGAUGGAAACCGGAGAAAAGCUAUUCAUCGACAUUAGAGGAAAAUAAAGCGAUGUUGGAGUUUUUGAGGACAAUUCCGGCUAAGCGAUUCGGUUGCACAUUUUAUGGCUACAAGCCACUCUUCAAAGAAGUUAGAUUGCCGCUAACUGCUGUGUUAGAUGGAUAUUUUCUGCCAAAACCAAUUCCGAAGCUACGCGAAGAUGCCCCAGAUUUGCCUGUUAUAUGUGGAGUUGGGGAAUAUGAGGGGCUACUUUUUGUUGGCAUCAGCACAAUAGGUACAUCGAAGAAGAGUUUACGGGUUUUGCUUCAGUCUUACGCGAGAGAUGAGAAACAUUUACAGGAAGGAAUAGAAGAAAUCAUCGAUAUCUAUAAAAAAGAUGGAAUUCCGCCAAAAUUGAAUCGACUCUUUCCGGUGGUUUUUAGUGAUGCGGCUUCAAAUUUCGGUUUACAUCUUUCGAUGGACUAUUAUCGGACAAGGCCUACCCCGUGCUACUCCUACAUUUGGGAAUAUACAGCAAAGCGUCGCUACGGCGUGCUUGGAAUCCGCUUUCCUUUCCACGGUGCCACUCAUGCAUCAGAACUUCCCUAUCUUCUUCGACAAGAUGCUUUCUAUUCGAAUUCCCCGUACAGCAAAAAAGAAAAGAUACUCUGUCAUGUCACCAGUGAUUACUUCUCCUCUUUCAUCAAAUAUGGAAAUCCAAACAAACAUGGGCACGAGCUUCACCCUCACUGGCCUUCAAUUACUGAAGAAAAAGAGAUGCAAAUGAUUUGCAUGAAGCCGAAUCCGACGUUGAGAACAGCAGGAAACUUUUUUGGGAAACGAAAAGAGCACAUUUGGCCACAUAUCAAGGUGUUUUGGAAUGAUGAUGGAUUGGUGCUGGAAGAAACAAAAAGCGAAGCGGUCCAGGAAGUGAAUAACAAUGAUGAGAAAGAAGCUGUGGUGGAAGAACCGGAUGAUAAUGAUGAAAAGGAAGUAGAGCUGGAGAUGGCAAAGGCCUUGCCUAAGGUAAUCCCACCAAAGGGACACUCAACACUUCCAGCUGUUGAA